AUGGAAGCCUCUAACUCAGGGUCGAUUGAACCCGAUCCAAUGGAUCUGGAUCCUCCAGAAGGGAACAGUGCCGCUGUUACACUAGUCAGAGUCGAAAAUGAUGAUGACGAUGAUAUCUCUUUAACAUCAACCGCGUCCAGUGAGAAAAAGUCAGAGUAUGAAGUUGAGACUGUCUAUGAUGAGACAGAAGUGGAAGGGGAGACCAGAUACCUUGUCAAAUGGGCAGGAUAUCCUGAUGAAGAAUGCACAUGGGAACCAGAAUACCAUUUCAAUGACAAAGUGGCUUUGCAAAACUGGUAUGCGAAACGAAGGGCUAUCGAACGUGGCGAGCUGCCAGCCUUUAAACGCGAAGGUUGGGAGAGGAAGCGAAUUGCCUACGAAGAGGCCAAAAAUGAGAGGAAGCGGAGACGGAGAGCAAAACGGAUCAGGCUUGGUCUCGCUCCAUCUUCAGGAACAGACGAUGAAGAGUUUUACGAAGAGAACCCCAAGCCUUCUGAGACUGGGAAAGAUCGAAGCCCAGCUCAGUCUGAUUCAGAAGGCUCGGACGAGCCUAUUUUUCGACUGGCCCGGAAGCGUCCUCGUCCUUCUUCGGCGCAGGCUCAACCAAGCCAACCCCGGAAUCAAAAUAGCAGGCCUCAGGAUUCGUCAAAUCACAAGGAAAAAGAUCUGCGUUCUCCGCUCUCCAAGCGACCGCAGCAGCCUGCUGUCAGACAGCCUGAAUCUGCAACUAGGACAGACCCAAAAAGUGCUUCCACCAUCAAGCGCCCUACUGCAAGGCGUUCAGUAAGUGUGAGACCUCGUCUACCUGCUGAGAAACCGGUUUCCUUUGGCACAUCAAAGGGUCCGGGUCAGAGGCGGGACCUCGCCUACGUCGUCUUUCGCUCCCGCGCUCAGCGAGCAGAGGGCAGACAAGCCGGUGAGAUGAAGAUGUGGAAGUGCAUGUCGACAGUACGCAAAUACGGGCAAGCGGCUCGGAAUGAACCAGAGCCCAAUGCGAGCCAGCUGGUGCUGAUGCGACCAUCAGAGUGGACGACUCUGGCGGAAUCCCAAGCCUUGAGGCGUCCAAAUUGGAAAGACACAGACAGUCUGUUUGUAGAACAAGAUGACGACAUAACGCAACAACCACCACAGAGGCAUCCUGCCAAUUCUCAUCCAUCUCCACGGCGUUCCGACGUCCGCACUGGUGACCUGGCUUCGAGUCACGAAGGUUCAGCGUCCUCAAACCCACCAACACCAGUCUUAGAGCAAAAUGCGAGAGGAAAUGCUUCUAAGGAAGGCCGGCGUGUUUCCUUUCCAGGGACGACCUCGAUGCCGCAGGAUUCGGAAGGAUGGCGGUCUGCGAAAGUGGUUGAUGAAUCUGGAAACGUGAUACGUCGACAUUGGAAAAGGGGAGAGCUUCUAUCACAGGUUUAUUACGGGACCGACAAGAUCAAAGUGGGCGAUGUGAGAGUGUGCAAUCUUCCAACUGACUCGUUCAAAGAAUUUCUCAAGCUGAAAGCUGGCCAUCGUCUUGAACUUUGGUUUCAGGAAUUGUGGAGCAUAGAGCAAUAUCAUUCUGUUUUCAGCGGGAAUGGAAAUGGCGUCGUCUUCCAUGCCUGGAUCGAGCGAUAUGAUGAUACUAGUGCCGCAGCUGAAGAAAUGGCCCAGUACUUAGCCGAUCGAGAUCUUGUUGCUAUAUUUCAAAUGCCCAAAGCAAGGUUCGCCCCGAUUGUAUUUUGCUAUCCGGCAAAAUCAAGGAGCUUUGGUUUCCUCAAUGGGAGAUCCAACAGUAGCCAGGGCGGAUCUCUGCGCCUAGCGGGAUGGAAUGGCGCGUUUUCUGUUGAUAAAUUCAAUGCCGCGCGUCUGAGACAAGCAGGAAGUCCGCGUGACACAUCCGCUCCUCAGCGGCCAGAGAGGCAAGGACGUUUUGACGAGACAGUCGGUUCUGGGGUGGUCGGUUUUCUCGCUUCGAAAGGCUCCUUGAGGAUUGAUACAUCGACUCCGAACAAGGAGCCCCAACCGCCUAGCUUACAGUCGAGUGACACCCCUACAGACCCCAAGAAUUCUUAUCCUGACAGAUUCAGGCCUCAUGGACAGUCUGGUGCUGAAGGGCCAUCAUUAAACCAAGAUCCACGGAUAUCCUCAAGGGCACAGUCAAGUAACACUCCUACAGAUCCCAAGAACUCUUAUCCUGAUAGAUUCAGGCCUCACACACAGUCUGGUUCUGAAGGACCAUACUCAAACAAGGAUCCACGAAUAUCCUCAAGGGCACAGUCGAGUGACACCCCUACAGACCCCAACCACUCUUAUUCUGACAGAUUCAGGCCUCAAAUACAAUCUGUUGUUGAAAGGCCAGCACCAAACAAAGAUCAACAAAAAACUUCUAGCAUGAUCCCCAGCACAAUCGACCCUUCAAGUGUUAAAGGAUUACCCCCACGACCGCCUUCUAAUGUGCACUCUGGAGACCUUUCCAGUGCACAAGACUCCCUCCCUGGUCGGAAAGAUCCGUCAAGUGUUGAAGGAUUACCCCCACAACCACCUAGCAUGCAGCCUAACGUGCAGCCGCAAGAUCUCUCAAGAGAGAAAGACUCUACUUCUAACAAAGAGUCUGUACCUAGCAGGAAGGAUUCCUCAGAUGCUGAACGGUUGCAACCAAACAAAGAGCUCCAGCCUAUCAGUGACCUUCCAA